GUUAAAACAAGUUGGAGCUCACAGACAGACGUGAGACGAGAGGAUUGGUAGCACGUAAAAAGCGCUUCUUUGACAUUGAGCCUCUUAAGUUCCACCAAGGACCAAAGAGCGAGGGAUACACAACUUAUCGAUCUGGACUACUCUAUCGAUUGGAAUUCGAAACCCGACAAGAUGACAAUAAGACUGACUGUAGCUCUGUGUUUGGUGGUCGUACUUUCCACAGACUCUGCUUCAGGUGGGUCCGAGCAGCUUUUAACACAGCACCCCUGAUACAUGUCAAAUAGCAAGAAUCUUUGUCUUCUUUCAGAUUAAUUUAAUGAACAUUUCUGACAAGAAGUUUUCGAGAUAGAUGUGUAAUGGUAGGAUAGCAUAUUAAUGACUAAAUCAAUGCUCAUGAAUUCACUAUAAACGUUUUAAAAAAGAGAAAUGUUUGAAUUUCACAUAGUGCACAGAAAUCUCCACAUCUGUUAUUCACUCUGAAUGUUAAUCUCCCUCUUUUCCAAAGUCACAUUGACAGCAAAUGCCGUCCAUUUAAUGUUGGAUCACAAGGCAGUGCACCCCUAUGUGAAUCGACUUAAUCAGCAAAAUCGAAAACUCUUUACACAGUCUUCUGUAAUACUAUUGGAAAUCCUUUAAUGUGGAAAAUUUAUGCACAUGGCUCAUAAAAAGACCAGACUAUUGUGAUGAAAAGAAAUACUAAAAAACUUCCAGUGAGGUGCUGGUGAACUACUACUGUCAGUCCAUAAAAUUGAAUUCCCGUGGAUAUUCCCAUAAAUCUGUCAGGAUCGUGUAUAUCUCUCAGCACCUCAUAAAGACCACAUCCACUGGACACUUUACUGUAUUGUUUCUGCAAAAGUAAAGCAGAGUGUGCAGAAUCCCUGCAGUCGGUGAGCUGUUAUGCAAAACAUUGUGGAUGAAUAACAAACUAGUCCAGAUUUUAUCAUAUAAAGAAUGCAGCAAAAGUGUUUUUGAAGCACACUCAUUAGGUGGAAUUAGACUGUAACUUUUUGGUGUGACUGCAAAAUGUGUCUGGUUUUAUAAACUACGGAGGAAAAUCUCACACAACACCUUUCCUUCUGCAGGCUCCUAUCCAAAGGCACAAAAUGUCACCUGGAAAUCCACCAACUUCAAAACUUUCUUGACCUGGGAGCCCGAACCAUCAGCAGAUUACUCCUACACUGUGGAGUUCUCGGCGUAAGUAUCUGAAUUUCAACCUUUCGAGAAAUGGUAUCUCAUAAACUCUGACAGUACGGUGACUGAUGCAUGCUUAUCUAUUCUUAACACUGAUAGCAAGCAGAGUCUUCAAGAAUUCAUUUUCACAUUUGACUAAAACGUUGAAAGAAGGCAUGGCUAGAUUUAAAAAAGAAAAAACAAUUGAUACAUGAUUAAUGGUUAGAUAGAUAGUUUUUAUUGUGUUUGCAGUCAUUGGGCAUUGACUAAAAAUAAUCGGGAGACAUUAAGAAAAAAGAGAAAAGGGUUAAAAUGUACCAAAGAGCGGAUUUUGUGUCAGGGCAAUCCACUGACUUAGCUUCCAGACGCACUAAAGGUGCUGCAUUCAUAUUAAGAAAGAUGUGAUAUGGAAAAUUCACAGUAACCAUAAGCUGCUGAGAGGAACUUCAAGUUUUCACCAAGUUUGACACCCUUGUGUGCAAAGUAAUACUUUCUGUCUCUUGUCCCGUACAUUUGAACGAAGUGUUUGUAGGCAGAAAUCUUAUGUUGUCUUGUAACAGAAAAAAAUAUAUCACUUGUGUGUAUGGAAAAAAGUUUUAAAGAAGAUGUUUCUCUAGUCUGCUCUGCACCUAUACCCCUCACAGCAGUGUUAAACUAAACUAGACCUGUUGCUGAUGGUCUAGUUUGCUUUUAAAGGUCAUAAAGAGGCCUCAGUAUCACUCAUCUCAUUAAAAACUCCUCACAGCGCCUUUAAAGAUUUAUUGAGAGUUAAAGAACGAGUCAGGAAAAUUGUAAAUUUGCUCCCUCUGUUGAAACAUGUAGUUCACUGUGAUUAAAUCUUGCAUUGUCAGCCAUGCUCAGUGAAAAUCCCCGACUCUUUUAUGUUCUUUCUUGUGCUUGUGUUUUGUUUCGUUUAUGACUGAGUUCUUAAACUUUUUCUAUCCACACACGUCCUGUCUGUGUGUUCUGCUUUCAGGGUUGGCAGGGACAAACAGCGGAGCCCUCAUUGUACCCGGUCAUCGAAAACCGAUUGUGACCUGUCCAGCUUCUUAACUGAUUUGAAAGCCUGCUAUAAAGCUGAUGUUAUUUCUACACCUCCACUUGGUGCCUCCUCUGACCUCACUGAGUUCCCGUACAGCAGCUCGACACGAUUCUGCCCUUACCAAGAAAGUAAGUUCUUUUGCCAAAAGAGCUUUCCAGUUAAAAAAAAUAUAUAACUGAUCAUAUUUUACCAACACAGUGCUCUGUUGAAACUUUAAACCAAAGUUUCAGAUGCAUUUUACAAGCAGGACAAUGCAGGAAAUGGGGCGGUGUCUGAAAGAGAAUCUGACUCUUUAGUUUACAAGACAACAACACAGAGAAUAUGACCGAAAAGUAAUACUUCAGGGCUUAUUUUGAGCUUUUGUUAGUCGCAGCACUCCCUUCUCUAUUAAAGCCUGCCCAUAUUCGGCAUGAAAGCUUGACCUGCAUCUCAUCAGUGUUAACCAUCUGCAGCCGUUUCUUUGAAAUGCACCAAGCCUAAGCCCACCUCUUCCCAGGGCCAUGGGAAAGUAGUCUGCUUCAGCAUGGUAUGAAGCAGUCACACUAUUUAAACAAACUGGACACAAAGGGUGAAACAUGCUCAGCCAUGGGACAAAUCCCCCAGUGUAAAUCUGCCCUUAAAGGGUAAGAAACAUCAGCAUCAAAAAUAAACAAAAGUUUUUCAAACAGUUUUCCAACAGCUUAGCGUGUUAAAAAGAAUCCAAUUGAACUAGAUUCAGGUGCAGAGAAAACAUUCAGCAUUGAUCCUUGAAUUUCAAAGGACUGCUCCCUCUCCAAGACCUGCAAAUAGUACUUUGUAUUUUAAGGUACAUGUAAAGUACAUUUUAUUUACCAGUUAGUAAAUUAAAAUCCCUUUUCUUUUCUUCCAAGCUGAUUUAGGCCGACCUGAAUUCAAGUUGGAAGUGAAUGGAAACAAAAGGAGCACCACACUGUAUGUGACAGACCCACUCACAGCUGUAUUCAAAGAUGGCCGCCAGCUAAACCUCAGGGAUAUUUUCGCUGACGAGCUUCAGUACAAAGUCACUUAUCGGAGAAAUCAGAGCACAGGCAAGGUGAGUGGUAGCAGACUGUUCAAUAUGGUAUAAAAAAAGAUACACGCAUGGACAAAAAACAUAAACAAAAAGCUUCUUUUUUUAUCUUGUCUGCAGAAAACUCAAGUCUCCAAGACUAAUGUGAUAGAGGUGACCAAUCUGGAUAAGGGGGAGAGCUACUGCUUCAACAUCCAAGCAUACAUCCCCGGUCGCGACAUCAGUAAACAGUAUGGGGCGCUGAGCGUGACCCAGUGCUCUGAUAAAGGUGAAGGUAAGGUGUCUUCAUACUCUUGGAAGCAUGAUUAUGUUGAACCUUCCGUCAAACCUGUCCCAACAUAAGGUAUUGAUUAGUUUUAAUGGAAUAUUGUCUUGUUUUUUUCUUUCCCCCAGAGUAUUCAGCUGUUGUGAUCGCUGCUGCCAUCUUCCUCAUCUUGUUGCUGCUUGGUGUCAUCAUUACUGUCACAGUGAUCUGCUGCAAACGCAGGAAAAAGGCUCUUGGAAGUAAAAAAGAGGGAUUACCACUCAGGGAUGUAUAAAGUGUGAUACUCUGGUGAUACUAAAUCUGUUAGUUUCUGUGAAACUGCUUGUUAAUUGGUUGAAUAUAUGUAAUUGUUUUUUUAUCUCAUGAUGUAGAUAAAGACAUUUGAAAAACACUGUUUUCACACACUACCAUGUAAUUUUAUAGAUUUCACUUGAUAGUCUGCAAUUUACCUGAAAUUGCCAAAGUGAACAGGGGAUGAAUUAAGCCUUUUUACAAAAAUCAAGUGCUGUAUUUAUUGUUUUGAUAAUAAAGCGGAACACAAGGUAAUAUGA